GAUCAGGCCCGAUUCGUGGAAAGACGGACACAUGAGGAGUUUGAAAAACUCCACAACUUCCUUCGUGUUGAGGAGGAAUCGAGGAUGGAGGCGCUGAAACGGGACGAAGAGCAGAAGACUGGAGAGAUGAGGCAAAUGAUUGAAACAAUCAAGGAAAAUAUAUCGUCCAUGUCGGAAACUAUCAGAGUUUUGAUGGAGGAGAUGGCUCUUGAGGACAUCUCUGUCCUUCAUAAAUGCAAGAGCACGCUUGCAAGGGCAAAUUAUCCUGUUGCAGAUCCAGUCAUGGCUCCAGCGGCACUAAUAGAUGUUGCCAAAUACAUUGGCUCUUUAACUUUCCAGGUGUGGGAGAAGAUGCAAAAAAUCACCCAAUACACUCCAGUUACUCUGGAUCCAAACACGGCGGCCCCAUGGCUGGUCCUGUCAGAUGACCUUACCUCCGUCCAUGACAGCGAUGAGAAACAGAGGCUGCCCAACAACCCGGAGAGGUUCGACCCCGACACUGCUGUUCUUGGCCGGCACGGCCUGUCCUCAGGCAAGCACGCCUGGGAGGUGAACGUGGGAGACAACACGGCUUGGGUUGUCGGCGUGGCUAAGGAGUCCAUCAAAAGGAAGGAGAAAGUGUCUUCUGUCCUGAACAAUGGCUACCUGUGUGUGUACUUUUACCACAAGAUGUACUUCGCCGGUACCUCUCCUUUGACACGGCUGACUCUGAAAAGGAAUCCGCAGAGGAUCAGAGUGCAGCUGGACUGUGAGAAGGGAAAAGUGUCCUUCUAUGACCCGCAUAACAACGCACAUAUCUACACCUUCAAACACGCCAUCACUGAGGCCGUGUUUCCUUACCUCUGGGUGGGCUGUCAGAAGAGUCCUCUGAAAGUCGAACCAGUGGAUGUUUUCUUAAAACUCGCUGAGUUUAGUUAAAAUUCUAACUUGGAUUGAAGUUUAGAUGUUUUUUGAUCUAAACUUUCUAUCUUUCCAUACAAUGUCUAAAGAGUAAAUUUAUUUCAAAGCUAUUGCAGCAGUGUUUUAAACAGGAUUUGAUUACUUGAAUUUCUCUUUUUCCACAUGAUUAUAGUGCACACUUAUCUUUAAUUAAAUAAUAAGGAUUGCACUUAAUUGCACUAAAAUAUUCUGUAUAUAUAAUUAAAAUGUAAUUAUCCUGCAAAUGUUGUAUUGAAGGGUUGUAUUAUCAUUUUUAUCCCAACUUGUGCAAACACCAAUCGUGCUUUUAUUGCAAAU